AUGCCGAAGCGAAGGAAGCCGAGUCAGCAGCAGCAGCAGCAGCAGCAGCAUCUGCCACGGCAUCCCGCACUGUCAGAGCGGAGCGAGCCCGGAGACGAGGACGACGAGAGGCCCGUUGGACCACCCAGCCUUCUGGGCCCACCCCCCAUGGCUAAUGGAAGGCCUGGUGAUCCCAAGUCAGCCUUUCACAGGGGUCCUCCAGGAGCAAGGGGACCAGUGAUUCCACCACUGCUCAGUCUCCCGCCUCCUCCCCGCGGCAGAGGCCGCACGCGGGGAGGCCUUGGUCCUAGGUCUAGCCCAUAUGGUCGUGCUUGGUGGGGUCUCAAUACUGAACCUCCUUUUCCUGGGCCGGGCCAAGGGGGUCCCUUUAGGGAAAGCUUUCACAAAGAGCCAAGAAAUCCACGAAGGCCCAAGAGCUGGUCUCUUGUCAAGAACACCUGUCCACCUAAGGACGGCCCCCAGAUGAUGGAAGACAAGUCCGACCGCCCUGUCUGCCGACACUUUUCUAAAAAAGGCCACUGUCGCUAUGAAGACCAUUGUGCCUUCUACCAUCCGGGUGUCAAUGGACCCCCUCUGUGAGACUGUGCCUCCCCACCCCCCGGGCUGGAAGGAGCCCUCCGACCUAGUGGCCGUGCGCUCUCUGUGGCCCCAUCAUAGCUACUUGAAGGCCCUUCAUCACCUUCAGUGACACCCCAUUCAUCACCUCCCCCAUCUGGGUCCAGAAUGUGAUCUCCGCUGGUGAGCUGCUCACCGUCCUCUGGUCCAGGCUGUAGACCUCGGACCCGUCCUGCUCCCACUGCCUCCUGGAUCUUCCCCUCUGCCAAACGGCCGCUGAACAGGAAACCUUUGGUGCUGUUGUUUGUGCGUCUGUCCAUCUGUGCCCAAGUGUGCCUGAGAACCCUGGCGCACUGUCCUCCAGCUGCCGGUUUUAAGUCCUUCCAUAUAAAACCUUAGUGUUUGCAGCCGCCAGGAAAUGCACCAGGCCAUCUGGCCUCGGGGGUCACAUCUGAAUGACUGGUACAGACUUGCUCCCUCAACAGCCUCCCCCUGCUUCUGGCACCCUAGUGUCUGUCGGUAGCAUGAGCCCCAGCGCUAAGGCUGUGGUCACUGUGCUUUGUGAAAGUGUGCCUCCAUGUGUAGCCUUUCUCGGAGUCUGUGGCAUUUCUGUGACUUCCCAGCACUAGAGUAAAUUUUUUUGUUGAAUCAUGCGAGGCCCUUGGUGCCCUCUAGACUUCACCUGCCUCCCAGCUCGAGAGGAUGUGAGACGGCCUCCCUGUUACACCCUCCCUCCUGGUGUCAGUUAUUGUGAAUCUCACCCAGUGGUGUCUUGUGAGGCCUCAGGCGGGUCCCCCUGAGGGGACCCCGCCUGCCCUGUCAUUGUGAGGCCGUCAGCCCUUUGAUUUGAAUUCUGUGACUUCGAUGGCCUUUGCCUGUCUGGGUAGAACCUGAAAAGUACUGUCAUCUCUCGGACCCUCUUCCUUACAUCCUGGCACGGGUUGUUUUCUGUGAAAACGACAGUGCACAUGUUGGGUUUUGAACAGGACCUGAAGAAGUGGGUCAGAGGUGUAUGGGCAAGAGGAGAGCUGAUGGAGUGCUGAGAAUGAUUCUUUUUCUUUUUAACUUUUUUUAUAUUAGUAAUAAACACAGUGGAAAGCGUA